ACUUCCGCGGUCGUCUCUUGACAGCUUCGCAAAGAACCGAAAUCGAAAGAAAGACAAGACAACAUCGUAGCGCAAUCGAUUCUCAAACAGAUCAACCAUCAUGCUGCGCAAUGUUUCGGYUUUAGGUCUCCGCCAAAGUUCUCGGCUCAAGCAGUCCUCGACACUGCUCCGUCUCCUGCCCGCAAAAAACAGCAAUGCCUUGAACAAAUUACACUUCCAAAAUCGCGACAUAUCUCAGAAAGUGUUAGCACCGCUGGCGUCGACGAUAGGAUUGCGAUCACUGAGUAGCCAGGCCCAAGAAGAACCGCCUAAAAAGGAUGGCGGCGAUCCCGACACAAAAGAAAUUGUCUUGACACCMGGCCAAAAAGUCGCAGCUGCAAGCCGUCUCACCAUGUGGGCUGGAAUUUUUGCCUUUGCUUGCGGAUGCGCCUACUUUAUUGGAAAGGAAUUGAUCCCAACCAAAAUGAGUCCAAACAGCGUCUUCAAUAGUUCUAGCAAGGUGAUCAGGGCGAACUCACAGGUGACAAUGAAGUACGGCGAGGGGAUCAAGUUCUACGGAAAGGACCAUGGUGGUCACCGAGAAGGGCGCCGCAACUUUAUCGAACACACCCAAUACACAGAUCAGGAAGACGGAUCGAAACGAACCCGCGUGCGCUUCAAUAUGGAGGGACAAUUUGACUCUGCAAUCUGUUUUGCCGAGGUCUCGAGCGACAUGCCGUCGGGUGAAUUUGUUUACGUCUUGGUGCAAGACAAGAGAUCGGGACGUGUCAUUACCGUCAUCGAUAACCGAGCAGCCCUUACUGCGAAACGAAUGGCCGGUGRCAACCAGGAAACAGCUAAUGCUAUGCAACAAUUGUUGGGAGGAAACAACAAAUAACUUAAUUCGAUAGUAAUUGACGUCGAUUGGUCGUUUUUUCUGCUGGAAUGCAGAUAUGAAAGAUGAUUGUAUGCUUUCAUCCAUUGCAAUUAGAAGUCGGGUCCAAACAAUUUGGAUUGAUAAUGAUACCGAACUAGGCAUAUGGAAUGUCUUAAAAGUAGUAUUGAUUUUGGCCGGAACGUCUCCAGCAUGAUUCGCAAUAUGGUUGGCAGGCGAAACUUGAAUUUCCCCAUUCAAUAAAUUGAUUUUGUAUAAGAAAAACAGCAGCAAUUAUAUUUGUUUAAACAAAGAUGGCAAAUUAUUUGAGCCAAAAAUAUUGUAUGACAAAUGCCCAAAAYGGUCCCAAUAGUCCAUUACUGUCUCAUGACAAUGAUGACAAGAAAACUGGUUGGGGCCAAUUCCCCUCCCGAUGUUUCYGUGUCUGGCCUGCAUUCUGACUGCAAGAACUGGCUCACUACAAAUGCUCCCUAUGGAGAUGAAAAAGCAUAUCUGACAAACUAGCUUCCAGGAYCACCAAGCUUAUGAAAAUCACAUAGAAGAACUAUGAUAAAAUAUAAGCACCACU